AGAUGGCUUCGCACAGCUCUUUGUGGCUCUUGGCUUUCGCUCUCCUGCCCUGGUCCUGCGCUUCCUGGGCUCUGGGGCACCUGGACCCGCCGCUGCCGCUGGUGCUCUGGCAUGGGAUGGGAGACAGCUGUUGUAAUCCCUUAAGCAUGGGUGCUAUUAAAAAAAUGGUUGAGGAGAAAAUACCCGGAAUUUAUGUCUUGUCUUUGGAGAUUGGAAAGACACUGGCAGAGGAUGUAGAGAAUAGCUUCUUCUUGAAUGUCAAUUCCCAAGUAUCAACAGUGUGUCAGACUCUUGCCAAGGAUCCUAAAUUGAAGCAAGGCUACAACGCUAUGGGUUUCUCCCAAGGAGGCCAAUUUCUGAGGGCAGUGGCUCAGAGAUGCCCAUUACCACCCAUGAAUAAUCUCAUCUCCUUUGGAGGACAACAUCAAGGUAUCUUUGGACUCCCUCGAUGCCCAGGAGAGCACUCUUACAUCUGUGACUUGAUUAGGAAAACAUUGAAUGUUGGCGCUUACUCUAAAGUCAUUCAAGAACGCCUGGUGCAAGCAGAAUACUGGCAUGACCCCAUAAAGGAGGACACAUACCGCAACCACAGCAUCUUCCUGGCAGAUAUAAAUCAGGAGAGGGGUGUCAGUGAGUCCUACAAGAAAAACCUGAUGGCCUUGAAGAAGUUUGUGAUGGUGAAAUUCCUCAAUGAUUCCAUCGUGGACCCUGUAGAUUCUGAGUGGUUUGGAUUUUACAGAAGUGGCCAAGACAAGGAAACCAUCCCCUUACAGGAGACCACUUUGUACAUACAGGACCGCCUGGGGCUAAAGGAAAUGGACAAGGCAGGAAAGCUUGUCUUCCUGGCUGCAGAAGGGGACCAUCUACAACUGUCUGAAGAGUGGUUUGAUGCCCACAUCAUCCCCUUCCUUAAGUGA